CUAUUUCUCUUUUCCUUGCGAUUCAAAUCAUCCCUCUUCUCCUUGCGUUCACUUCUUUAAGUUUUUUUUUAUAUUUUCUAUGGCUUCUUCUUCCCAUUAUCAUUAUCACAAAGAUGAGGGUAACAAUGAUUUUAAUUCCGUAUUUGAUGAUUUAUUUGAAACGGAAGAUCUAUUUCCAAAACCAAAAGAGCAAAAAAAUGUAUAUUUAUCGAGAGACACCGGGAAGAAGGUCACACUAAGCUCUGGAAUGAUUAUUUUAGUGAAACUCCAACAUACGAGCACAAUUUAUUCCGGCGACGAUUCCGAAUGAACAAACGAUUAUUCAUGCGUAUUCUGCAUCGUCUCUCUACAGAAGUACCGUAUUUUCAACCGACACAAGAUGCAACCGGACGGUCUGGUGUAUCUCCGCUCCAAAAAUGUACCGCAGCAAUUCGUCAACUGGCAUAUGGUGGUGGGGCUGAUACAAUUGACGAAUAUGUACGACUUGCUGAAACAACUGCUUGAAAAUGUUUGCACCAGUUUACGGCCGGAAUAAUCCACUUGUUUGGCGAUCAAUAUCUAAGACGUCCCACACCGGAGGAUCUUCAAAGACUGCUCUAUGUCGGAGAAGAACGGGGAUUUCCAGGGAUGAUUGGAAGCAUCAACUGUAUGCAUUGGGAGUGGAAGAAUUGUCCCAGCUCUUGGAAAGGAAUGUAUUCACGAGGAACCGAAAAACCAACACUUGUGUUGGAGGCGGUAGCUUCUUAUGAUCUCUGGAUAUGGCACACGUUUUUUAGAGUUCCAGUUUCCUCUUUAAGAUUUCGUGGUCGUGCUUUUUCAUUAUGAUGGUGUUUUGGACGGCUGGAACCAAUAUCCAUGAUAAAAUCAUUUUAUUUUAGAUACUUAUCUAUUGUCAAAGAAGAAGGUCUUGAGAUAUCGCAACCCGGCCUCGACCCUACAGAAUCAGAAGUGUAUCAUCCUAUAACCGCUCGUUGCGAGAACUCAAAAGUCCAUAGGCGGAUAUAUAAAUACAAAGGCGGCUUACGAUGCGAUGGCAAUAGCACCGAUCCUCCUUGCAUCGGGUGGGUAGAAUUGAUGGCACCUGUUUUCUCUAGAUCAGCAUGGAGAUGUUCUUGGUAUAUGAUUCAGAACGAUUUGAUCCAUGCUUGGGGUUUAGAUGUGCAACUUGGUUACUGUGCUCAAGGUGAUCGGAAGAAAAAUGUAGGUGUUGUUGAUGCGGAGUACAUAGUUCAUUACGGUCUUCCCACACUCGGUGGGGUUGUAAACGCUUCAAGUUCUGCGCGGAAUGAGACAAACCAUAAAUCAGGGGUUUCACAGGAUUCAUUAGAGUCUGAUGGAGUGGAUAACAGAGGAAAAGUGAGGAUGAAGUCAUCUGUAGAGAUGAAAAGAUUCAAGGAACGUUGGAAGAAAGCUGUCAAAGAUGAUAGAUGUUGGGUCGAUCCGUAUUGAAAACCAUAGUGGUGUUAGUAAACCGAAUCGAACCGGAUUUCUUCCAAAAGAGAAUUUAUAAAACCAUUAAAACCCAAACUUUUUGAAUAACAAAAGAUUUUGUAGGUCGUUCAAAAAAACAAAGGAUUUUGUAAAUCAUUUAAAAAUUAUAAAACCAAUAGCACUAGAUUUUAGUAAGAUUA